UUCAGAUCCAAGGCGCGGAGGGAUUUCGUCCAAAAUAAUAAGAUCCGCCGUGUUGUUCAUCCCUCUGUGGCUAAACCGCUAGACCACGCGAUGGCGGCAAGCGUAGCCAAAGGCGAUGAAGAUGCCAUCGAGAGUGGACCGCAUGCGAAGUCACCGUCGCAGCCACAGAUCAUGCCCGCUGACAAGCUAGUGGACAGCAUUUUUCGUACUCUUUCCUGCACUGACGGCAACAACAGCAACAGCAAGAGCAACGGCAGCAGCAGCAAUGGCAACAACGACAACGAAGUCGGCGGAAUCAAUGUAACGGGCCCGGUUGGCGGAGGGGGCGAUACGAGAGAAGCACUCAAGGAGCUGAUUCUGGCUGUCCAGGGCAAGCUCGAAGACAAGCUAGCUCCACCUCCGGCACGUCGAGCCCAAGGGGCGUCACUUGCUGUUGCUGUCCCUAACGCUGCCGCGACGGCUGCAUCUGGUCGCGUUCACCGUCAAGAAAAGUGUGUCUACCUGAAGGUGACGGUUGUGGAGGGACGUGCGUUGGUUGGAGAGCUAGCGAAUGAGCGGACCACGUCCUCGGCCCUGUACAACUUCUCAGUUGAUCUGCAGUUCAACGCUCAGCGAGCACGAACCCGGAACGAAGUCCGCUGCUGCGUAGAGCCGAGCUUUGGGUCUGAGGGCUUCGUUUUCGUUCUGAGGGAGGCCCACGAGCUGCCAGUGACUGCAGGGGGAUGGGCAUCGUUCCUACAGACGGACUUGCCCCUGCACGUGGCUCUCACGAAGCACAAGGUGUCUCGCAUCAGACCAAGGCCUCUCGACCCCCCCGUACAGUCGGGGGCAGGCGCCGUCAACGGAGACGGAGACGGCGGAGCCCCUGGCGCAAGGGGUUGCCAAGCCGCUGUCGCGGCGGAGGAAGAUGAGCAUCCGGUGUAUGCCCUUUUCUCGAAAGAUGUAUCCAGGCGGGGAGAGCUCGUCGGCUCGGCGGAGGUAGAUUGGCGGUGA